AUGUCUGAACAAAUAAGAGAAGAACACAGUGAAACUAAUAAAAGACUUAAAAAAGAUAACGAAUUAACAAACAACUUACUCAAUAAUAGAUCAUUAAUUAAAAAAGAAUCCAAUGAAAAGAUCAAUAAAGAAAGCAAUAUUUUGAGUAAUGAAAAUAAAAAGAUUCACAGUGCUUUAGAUUACAAUCCAACACAUUCAUUAUUUAAGUUAAUGAAAAUUAAUGGAGUGUUUUUAUUAACUUCAAUAGUUGGUUAUUUUAUAGGAAAGUAUAAACUUAAACCAUUUUAUUUAUUUUUACUGAGCUACUUAUUUUAUCUUGUAUUUUCACAAAGAGUGAAUCAAUAUAAACUAAGUAUUAAGAAUUACUUUAGAGGAGUGAAGAGGUAUGAGUCGGUUGAUAAGUCUGAAACAGUUGAAUGGUUGAAUUACAUUAUUAGACAGUUUUGGAAAGUAUCUGAGGCACCAAUAUCUUCAGAGAUACAUUCUAAUGUUAACGAAGUUUUAAGAAAGCUGGAAGUAUCAGGUAUUAAGGGAUUAAGACUCACAGAAUGUACAUUGGGUACUUUUCCACCUGAGGUUGAUUAUAUAAGUUUUUAUGAGAGGAAAGAUGACGCACUGGCUAUUGAAUUCUCUUUAUCUUUUAUUCCUUUACAAGAUGAGAUUACUCAAGAAAAUAAUCAAGACAAGUAUAAUUCUUGUAUACAAGUUAAUGCUGAUAUUAACAAUUUUAUUAGUUUACCUUUUUUAGUUAGAAAUUUAACUUUUUCUGCUAAAUUUAGAGUUGAAUUGUAUUUGAAGAGGGAAAUACCAAUGUUAAAGACACUCAAGUUACAAAUGCUUGAAUUACCAACUGUUGACUUUGUAUUAAUUCCUCUUAAAAUGUUUGAUAUUACUAAGUUACCUGGAAUAUCAGGUAUAAUUACUAAUGUUAUUAAUGAACAAGUUACUAAUUUGUUAUUAAAACCAAAGUUUAUGGAAGUUAAUUUAGAUGGAGUAGCUGAAUAUCAAGGUAAGAGAAUAGGGAUUGUUUGUGUUGAAUUACAUAAAUUAAUAACUGAUGAUGAUUCAUCUAAAUAUGUUACUUUAGAUAUUAAUGGAACAGAUGUUCAUAAAACUAAUUCUUAUGAUGGACAUAAUCCAAUUAUUAAUGAAAGCUUUUUUAUAAUAAUUAAAGAUACAACAACUAAAAUUGGUAUCACUUUACACGAAUCGAAUAAUAAGUUUGGAUCAAUUUAUUUAAGAAAUCUUAAUAGACAUUUCUUUAAUGAAAUUUUAUAUUUAGUAUCACCUGAAUCUACCUCACUACUUUAUACUACUACUACAUUCUACCCACUUACAAACGUAAGACAACAAUCAGGUAUUCUUAACAUUAAUGUAAUUAACAUUACUAACUUAUCUAAAUAUAAUGAUACAUCUUUAUAUAACACUUAUUUAAUAUUAAAAACAGUAGAAAUAAGUACUAAAAAGGAAAUAUUUUAA